GCCAGAUAAGAGCAAUUCGCGAGCGUAGCGGUAGGCCGAGGCAUGACUUGCCGAUCGCUGCGCGCAGAUACGCGUACGCACACACGCGCGCGCGCCGCGCGUUCGGGCCUUCUUUUUUGACCCGUGGGCGCGCGCGCGGCGCUCCGUAACGUCAGUUGGCACGGUGACGCGCAGGUAAGCGGAUCAUCGUUGCGACCGUGUGCGCGCGUGCGUGCGUGCGUGCCCGGCCCGUCCGCGUGUGUGUGCGCGCACGCGAGAGAGAAAGUGCAUUGCGAAAUCUAUAACCGAGAGUCGGGCGCGAUCAGCUGUUGCCGUCGUUGCGCGAGCGUCGUCCGUUCGGUCGUCGUCGUUUUCUUUUCCCGUAAGAGGUGAUUGAGCGCAAAGCCUCGUAUUGCCAGGCGCUAUUGUUGCCGCUCGCGAGUGACAGAUAUCAAUUCAGUCAUGGCUAGCGUAGACGAGCUUAGACUGGAGCUCGUGCAAGUGCUUUUCAGGCAUGGCGCGAGGACGUGCAGCCAACUGGAGGCCGCGCUCGCGAUACCCGAGUACGUCGAUCGGGAGCUCCACGACACGUACGGCUACGAGCAACUGACGAACAUCGGCAAAGCGCAAGCACACAGCCUCGGUUGCGCGCUUCGCGAGCGCUACGACGAGUACCUGGGCGCGCACUACAGACCGCAGCACGUCUACGCCUACAGCAGCAACACCGACCGCACCAAGAUGUCGUUGCAGCUGGUCCUCGCGGGACUCUAUCCGCCGACGCAGCAUCAGAGUUGGCAUCCGGAACUCAAUUGGCAUCCGAUUCCCACGCAUUAUCUGCCCAAGGAGCUCGACAUUCUGCUGCAAACGUUUCACAAUCCCAAGUAUCAGCAGAUUCUGAGGGAAGUCAGGAGCUCGUCGGCGUUCGAAGACAGGACGAGGGAGCUCAUACGGACGAACAAUCGAUACUUGGUCAAGCACAAGAUCGAGACCAUCAACAAGCACGGCUUCCUCGGGCUGAUGGGCAUCUUCAACGUUCUCAAUACUCACAGAGCAGCCAAGGCGCCGCUGCCGCACUGGUACACGGAGGAAUUGUACAGUACGCUGAAGGAACAAGUCAUAUCGUACUUUGACGGCAUGUCGCUCACCACCGAAAUGAUGAAAUUGAGCACCGGCCCGCUCAUCAAGACCGUGCUGGAGAACAUGAGCCUGUCGGACGCGUCCAAGCAAAAUCCAAGGAAAAUUUAUCUGUACAGCGGACACGAGUUGAACAUUGCCGCUUUCACGAGGGCUCACGACAUCAAGGAGUUCAGAUAUCCCGAUUUCGCGAAUGCUCUCGUGAUCGAGAAGUUCCGCGACUCGGACAAUCGGAUUUACGUUAGGAUGCUCUAUCAAACUGGCAGAGACAGCGAUUUUCAGCCUAUAACAUUGGGAAGUCACGCGGAAUAUUGUCCGAUGGACGAAUACUCGAAGGUCAUCGAGAAGGUUUUACCCAGCGACGAGGAAGUCAAUGCCCUGUUCGAGAAUUCUCAGCAGCUCAGCCCUCAGAUUCGCUUCCUCCUCGCGGCGCCUUUCGCGCUCUCUGGCCAUCUGCUCGCGCAUCUCGUCCAAUUGCCUUGUCAGGCGCGCUGCUUCGCUCAAAAGCUCCUCUUCGCCGGCGCGAGUCGACGUUUUGGCCGCGAUCUCGCUCUUCAACACCUCGAAGCUUCCCUCGGUGGACAGCGACGCUCUGGUUCUUUCAACGAGUUGUUCCAGCCACUCACUGCAAGAUCGUUCGACGAUUACCAAACUGAACAGUCGAAUUCCGUGGCUCGAAAAUCGCCCACCUGUCCUGUUUGAGUUUCUCAAAGACGAUCUCUUGAUUAGCCAGCCGAAGAGCAGCACUCGUUUUGCGCUCGUUGCCCGUUUUCAAGCUGCCAAGGGAGCGCGUGAGAGAGAUAGCGAGCAAAAAUGAAAAACCGAAAAGCGAGGCUGUCGAGGCGCGUAUACCCUUGAGCACAGGUGUGCUUGCGGCGACAGGAGUGGAGGCAGUCGAUAUCGACAGCAGCGGCGCGGUGGCGUUCGUUCAACGCGCACUGGUAUACCGCCAAUGCGUCGCCGCAUUCCUCGAGCGACGAUAGCGCGCCGGCCACCGCCACCGACAUCCUGCGUUGCGCGCGCUCUGCGCCCCCCAGCGAUAUCUUUCGCCCCGACGUCACGUUUCUGCUUUAUCGUCUAUGCGCUGCUUACCUACGACAACGGCAUUCUUAUAUCUUGAGGAUCCAAAUUGAGCUUGCGUUUGUAAUUUUAUUUUCUUUCCUGUUUUCUUUUAUUUGUGUGAAUUUUGCAUG